CAACUCCGCUUCCUAAACUGGAGAAUUCCCGCGCCGCCUCUUCCGGGGGCCGAGGAAGCUACUCGAGCGCGAGAGAGGUUUGCCUGCCUGCCUUGCGUCUUGCUCCUCGGCUUCCAUGGCGGGCAGGUCGUCUUUGCCGCUGGUGGUGAUCCUGGGCGCGACGGGUACCGGCAAGUCGCGUCUGGCGCUGCAGCUCGCCCUCCGGCUCGGCGGGGAGAUCGUCAGCGCCGACUCCAUGCAGGUGUACGAAGGCCUGGACAUCAUCACCAACAAGGUUUCCCCUCAGGAGCAGGCGCUGUGCAAGCACCACAUGGUCAGCUUUGUGGACCCCUUGAUCACCAACUACACGGUGGUGGAUUUCAGGAACAAGGCCGCGGCCCUCAUCGAAGACAUCUUUGCCCGCAAGAAGGUCCCAAUCGUGGUCGGAGGGACCAACUAUUACAUUGAGUCUCUGCUCUGGAAGGUUCUGCUGGUCUCCAAGGAGAAGCCCAAGUGUCUAGGCCCCACAGGGAGGACCGUUGAUCGGAAAAUGGAGCUGGAGAAGCUGGAUGGCCAAGAGCUCCAUCGCCGGCUGAGCCAGGUGGACCCCAGAAUGGCAGCCAAACUCCACCCCCAUGAUAAGCGCAAGAUGGCCAGGAGUUUGCAAGUGUACGAUGAAACGGGUGUCCCCCACAGCGAGUGGUUGCUGCUGCAGCAGCAAGAAGAAGGAGGAGGCCCGUUAGGGGGCCCCCUGAAGUACCCCAACCCUUGCAUCUUAUGGCUCUCUGCAGAGCAGGCAGUUCUAGAAAAGCAGCUGGACAAGCGUGUGGACGCUAUGCUGGAGGCCGGGCUGCUGGCGGAGCUGCGGGACUUCCACCAGCGCUACAACCAGGAGAAGGUGGCUGAGAACUGCCAGAAUUACCAACAUGGCAUUUUCCAGUCCAUUGGCUUCAAGGAGUUCCAUGAAUUCCUGAUUUCGGAGGGCAGGUGCCCAAAGGAGAGAAGCAGCCAGCUCCUGGAGGAAGCAAUUCAGGCCCUGAGGAUCGUGACCAAGAGGUAUGCCCGGAAACAAAACAAGUGGGUCCGGAACCGCUUCUUGAGGCGCCCCGGGCCAAACGUGCCCCCCGUGUAUGGCUUGCCAGUGUCCGAUCUCUCUCGGUGGGAAGAGGAGGUUCUGCAACCGGCUCUCCAGAUCGUGAGGAGUUUCCUGCAGGGGCAGCCGCCACCAGCUGAGCCUGUGACGCUGGAGCCCGAGGAGCCGGGCGAGGGCAAGCGGACUCCACACACGUGUGAGCCCUGUGACAGAGUCAUCAUUGGGGACAGAGAAUGGAAAGCUCACCUCCGGUCCAAGUCCCACCUCUUCCACCUGAAGAAGCAGCGGCGCCUGCUGAUGGCAGAACGGCCUUCCCCCGAGUGCCAGGAGGGUGGCGCUGAGACCACCGGUGGGGAGUGCAGGGAAGAGGCAGCGGCAGGGGGCUGGGACCCCUCGUGACACACAGGACCAGGCUUGCCUUUGCUAGCCAGGUGGUGGCUGGGAACUCCAGGACCUGGACUUCCUCCGGACUGGGUGAAAUGACUGGAGCAGUCAGGGAGGAGGAGGAGGAUUCCCUGGCCCUGGAUGUCGCUCGACGCCUUUGGUCCCCAGGAGUGAGGAGCUGUUUUGUAGGUGCAAAGAAGCUAGUUGAACUGGGGGUGGGGGUGCGUCUCAUAGUGCAACUCUUCUGAAGUUAUUUUUAUAAAGAUUAAGGCUGCAUUUUUACAUUACAGUAUAGUUGCUAAACGUGCCUCUCUUAAAAAAAAAUGGGGGGCUACUACAACAAGAUUCACAGGAAGAGAACAUGGGAGGAAGCUGAAUCCCUGCUUCUCCUUGGAUUGAGGGCAGCAUAUGGCCUCCAUCCACCACACAUUGCAUGGGCCCCCAGAUGUUAUUGGACUUCAACUCCCAUAAUCCCCAGCCCCAGUGGCCUUUGGUUGGGGAUUAUGGGAGUUAAUAACAUUAUGGGAGUUAAUAAAUAAAGUCCAAUAACAUCUGGGGACCCAGCGUUGAGAAUCCCUGGGUUAGGUUGUUCCAUCACUUGGAUUUUAACAGAGAAAUGUCACUGGAAGAUGACAUUUUCUGUGUUACACAGAUUGAGGAAUAAACUGUGCCCCCUUGAGGAAUUGGCAUUAAACUGGUCUUGUGGUAGCACGCAUCAGUUGUCCCCUUUGUUAAGCAGGGUUCACUCUGGUCUGCAUUUGGAUGGGUGACUACAUGUGAGUACCUUUUUUGUUGUAAGAUAUUCCCCUGAAGGAACAUGGCUGUAGCUCAGUAGUAGCGCAUCUGCUUACCAUGUAGGUGGUCCCAGGUUCACUCCCGGGCUGCAUCUCCCACUCGGGCUGGGCGAGACUCCUGCCUGCAAGCUUGGAGAGCCACUACGUCGGUGUAGAUAAGCCUGAGCUCAAUGGACCAAUGGUCUAACUCGGUAUAAGGCAGCUUCCUAUGUUCCCAUAAGGUGAAACUGAAAUACAACUGCAGUAGUCGCCUAUGUGCUUGGGCAAAGGUCCCUAUUUCAAUCUUUGACACCUCCAGGUAGGGCUAGGGAAACCCUGUGCCCAAAACACUGGACAGCGGCUGCCAAUCAGUGUACACAAGUUGGCUUCAGUAGAAGGCAGUUUCAUAACUUCUGGAUGGAAUAGGAAGCAUUUGGGACCAUCUACGGAGACACCUUCUGGUGCAGAGGGUGCUCUGUGGGAGAGUGCUUUGCCAUCUGUCCCCUUAUACCAGAUUCUUGCCUCUACCCCCCCCCCGCCCCGUCGUUUGGGGUCAGCAGCAAAACAUGUCUUGCAUGCAAAAGAUCCCAGGUUGAAUUUCUGACAUUUCUAGCUAAGGAGGAAAGGAGGUUUAACAGGGCUGCUGGGGCAUAUUCCUCCUGGAGAAGAGUCCAAACAGGGAAUUGGCCAGUGAAAUGGGGCAGAUUCAUAUGGAAGAGCACAGCCCAUGCAGCAGAUCCCAAAUUUUAAGGGCAGGGAAAAGAUGCUGGAGAGGGACUGGGCAAUGCUAGAUUCGAUCAAAGGUUGGGCAGGCUCUAGAAAGGCAGCUCCUCAUUUCCUCUCAUCGCAGCAGCUCCACCCACUCCUCUCCCAGCCCCCUGAAUGUGCAGUCCAAACUAGGAGCAUAGAACUGGUCCAAACAUACCAAACAUCAGGCAGCCGCACAGUCUCACAGAGGAGCGAAAGGAAAGGAAGUCAGCACAGCAGCAGCCCAACUUUCCUCCAGGCCUCUCUAGCAACCAGAGCUCUGUAGAUUUAGCUCCCCUGCCUGGAGUCUCUUGCAGAGGGAGACGAGAGCAAGGAGCAACUCCGCCUGGCAGUGAGAAAAGUAUGUCAGUCCCAAAAUGAGAAGUGCUGCCGCCCAGGGUCCGAGCUUGCUUCAGGGGAUGCCUUGUGGCCAAGAAGAAGCCACAGGUUCUUCAUUCCAGCAACAGAAAAUGUAAGUGCCCUGACAAGGGUGUGUUGCCACUCACCUUUUAUUCAAAUCCUACUUUCUCUUCUCAGGCAUGACAUCAUGCUGUCACUGCCUCCGCUGUAGAGUGUUGGGGACUAGGACCAGGAGACCUGAGUUCAAAUCCCUGUUCAGCCAUGAAACUCACUGGGUGACUCAGGGCCAGUCAGUAACUCUCUACCAAACCUACCUCACAGGGUUGUUGUGAGAAUAAACAAAACCAUGUACACUGUUCUGAGCUCCUUGGAGGAAGAGUGGGGUAUAAAUGUUAAAAAGAAAGUUUUAAAAAACCCUAUCUCUCUGACCUGCUACUGCUGACAUCAUUCUGUAUGACAUGUUUUGCUGCUGACCACAAACAACAGCCAGCAGCAAAACAUGUCUUGCAUGCAAAAGAUCCCCGGUUUAAUUUCUGACAUUUCUAGCUAAGGAGGUUUAACAGGGCUGUAUGCUCUUUAUAGAGCAAUCGGCAUGAGUUUCCAACCUUUUAAUGUCAUUUUAAAAAUGUUUUGUUCAUUGCAAUCUUUUCCAGUAAAUAUCUUCUCUUUGCA